AUGACAUUCUUCUUUUUUCUUUCUCGUGCCUUAUCCUUCCAGGACAUUGGCGACCAUCGACCCCCACAAAACCCGAUCUUUAACACUUUGUACCAAUCUAUCAAACCAUUCUACAUUAAGUUUCCAUCAUGCCUUUCCACAAACAUUGAGUACGUUCUCACUCCCACCCCAGUCAUAAUCAUCAUCAGGAGCAGCAGUUCCAAAGACCGCCUUGACCCCCACGUGACUGAUGACGUUAAGUCACGUGAUUCGGGUGCAACAUGGGUGGAAAACAGACGGUGCAGAGGAUCUUACAGCAUUAACAAGAGAGAGGAUAGCCAGCCAAACAGACCACCACCACUGUUUCCUUACGUCACUGAGAACUCCAGUAUGAUGAAAACACCUAUCCACAUAAACAACAAACCCAACAAAAUGAUCAGCAUCUCAACCAACAACAACAACAACACAAACUUCAAAAAUAAGAUGAACGACGAGAUGAACAAGACGAACGGAAACAUGAAACUGAUGAUCAGCUCAUCAAAUGAGACAGGUUUCCUGGAAGAUUAUGAUACGAGAAGUCAGUGCUGCAAGUGUGCCGCUGAGUUUGUAUUUCAUAAAAACAACAACAUCUACAGUAACAACAUGAAUAAGUGUGGGCCGGAAGAGCAAUAUGAACAUUUUUCCAAAUCGGACAUGAAAAACAACAAUAACAAAGUUUUACCAAACAACAGACAAUCACAAGAGCACCAACAAACUUAUUCAUAUCAACAGCAACAACAACAACAGCAGCAGCAACAACACCCACAACAACGUUCAAGUCGUCGUAUUUCAGUAAUCGGUCGACACAAAAACUUCCAGGCAGUCAACCACUCGUCGUUGUCUUCCUCCUCCUCCUCAUCAUCCUCGUCAUCAAUGAUGUCAUCGUCAUCCAUUCCAUACAUGCCACCAUCAUCGUCUUCGACGUCAUCUUCUUACAAGACAUCAUCCUCAAUGUCUUCAUCCUCAUCUAUACCUUCCAACUCUUCAACUACAGAUCAAAAGUUCAACGAUGGCUCUUCCUUCAACAUUAGUUGUGCAGAACAGUACGAUUUUGAAGAUUUCAAAGAUGACGAUGAUGAAGACGAAAGAGUUGAUGGAGAUGAAGAGGCUGAUGAAGAUGUUGCUACUGAUAAUGAUGGAGCUGACGUCGUGCUUACGUCAUUUUUGUCCUCUGCUCAUUGGAUGACUGCCAACAACAACAACAGCAACAACAACAACAACAGCAACAACAACAACACUAUUGUUACUAAUAAUGACAGUAACAACAACAAUGACAAUGACUACAGCAACGACAUCAACAACAUUAAAAAAUUGAAUGACAGGAAUUUCGCAUCAGAGUCUCAAACCGGCUUUCAUUUAGAAAUGAUGAAGUAUAGAAGACAUGAACUGAUGAAGAAAAUGUUCGCCAGGACAUCAAGUGAGAUUAUAACAGUCUGUAAAAUCCAUUCAUAUGAGGUGAUUCUUGCAAGAACACAAAGCACCUACGUGAUCUCCAUCAGCCAACUCUUCCUGUGGAAAGUUGUGACAUGCUUCAUUGCCGACAAGAAACAACAGACUCCACCAUAA